CACCCUAAGGGACCCCUUCCUGUGGGGUCCGGAUGUGACGAGCGCCGACUUCCGCCUCGGAGGCCGGAGAGACGCCGGGACCUCCGUGAGUGGGAGGACGGAUCUCGGUCGGGAGACGCCAGGCGUGCAGAGAUGAGGCCUUGACACCAGGAGGGUGGCCUCGGGUCAACACAGGGAGUUUUCCCAGGCCUUCCGUGGGGGUCCAGGUAUAGACGGAGAGGUGCGCCCAUCCCAGCACAGACGGCACCCGAGCUUGGCCGUCCCUGGGAUCCCGAGACGAGCCCUUAGACCUCUGGCAGGCGUGGGCAGAGGUGGGCCCCCUCACUUACCUUCUGUGGGGUCCCAGGGCUGCGCGGUCUUGCUGUGACCCUGUGGCCUCAGGCUGCGGGGGUGGGGCCCAGGCCCUGCCAGGGGAAAUAGCAGUCCCCUGAGGGGCCAAGGAGGGGACCGCCCAGCUUGGACGGAUGGGGACCUCACAGAGUCCGCCCCAGCCCUCCUGCCCCACUGGGGCCCGUGUGCCGUGCUCUGUGUCUGCACCCCGAAGUGACUCCUCCUUUUCUCCUCCAGGGGCUUCCAGAGCUCAGAGUCAAGGCCUAGGUCUGAGGCAGGAGCCUCUAAGGUCCCAGAGCAGGGGAGGUGCAGGGUCAGCCCGACACAAACGCCAUGCCCCUGGGUCAGAGGGGUGAGCUCUGGAAGCUGGAGGAAGACCCGGGCCCGGCCCAGGGCCUGGUGGAGGCACAGCUGUCGGGGGCUGGGGAGGAGGAGGUCCCCCGCGCCCCCUCCUCCUUCUCCGCUUGGGCCUCCUCCCAGUCCGCCGCCCCGUCUGGCCCCUGCUCUGCCCUGUUUCUGGUCCCCAGGGAGGAGGGGUCUGCUGCUGGGUUCCAGAGUCGUCCCCAGAGCUCUCUGAGUGCCCGCCCCUCCCCCACUGCCCAGGCAGCCACUGCCUGCAGCCAGCCUGACCAGGGCUCCAGCAGCUCCGAUGAGGAGGGGUCGAGCCCCUGCGAGGAGCCCGAAGAACCCCAGCCCGGGCUCCAAAACCUACUCCAGGGGAAGCUGGCUGAGCUGGUGGAGUUCCUGCUCCUCAAGUAUCACACCAAGGAGCCGACCAGCCAGGCAGAGAUGCUGGAGAUCGUCGGCAAGGAUGCCCAGGAUGCCUUCCCUGUGAUCUUGGGCCAGGCCUGUGAGUGCAUGCAGCUGAUCUUUGGUAUAGAUGUGAAGGAAGUGGACCCCAGCGACCACUCCUAUGUCCUGGUCCCCGUCCUGGGCCUCACCUAUGAUGGGAUGCUGAGCGGUGAGGAGGGAGUGCCCAAGACCGGCCUCCUGGUGGUGCUCCUGGGGGUGAUCCUCCUGCAUGGUGACCGUGCCCCCGAGGAGGAGGUGUGGGAAACGCUGGGGGUCAUGGGGGUGUAUGCCGGCCAGGAGCACGUCAUCUACGGGGAGCCCAGGGAGCUCCUCACCAAGGUCUGGGUGCAGGAAGGGUACGUGGAGUACUGGCAGGUGCCCGGCAGCGACCCUGCCCGCUACGAGUUCCUGUGGGGUCCCAGGGCCCACGCCGAAACCAGCAAGUUGCAAAUGCUGGAGUAUUUGCUCCGGGUCAGGUGCGGGCAGCCGGCUUCCUCCCUGGCCCUGUCUGAAGAGGCUGUGAGAGAUGAGGAAGAGGGGGCCUGAGCCCCGGGGUCCGCCAGGCCCUUUCCAGGCUUUGCUGGGUUCGGCAGCCUCUCCCGCGGGGUGCUGGGCAUGAAGUGAGGCCCCUUGCUGGUUCUUCCCUGUGUGUGUGUUUGUGUUUGCGCGUCAAGUCAGAGCCCUGGGCGUUUUAAGGAGUGCAGGGCCAGGGAGGGUUGGGAGAAGA